UUUAUCUAAUCAUCAUAGGAGCAAUAUACACAAAAAAGUGUAUUUUUUUUUUAAAUAAAGUGAAAAAGAAAACCCUCUUUAUAAUUUUGUUUUGGGGCUUACUGUCACAAUUCUCAACUGUCUCUCUCCGUGUUCAACUCGCGUUUUUAAGCAGAGAAAAUCAGAGAAUCGAAGCCGAAGAAGCCUUAAUUCAACCCUGUUUCUCGAUCUUGAUAGUUGGAUCGCGAGUGUUUGAUCGCUUCUAGAAUCGAUCAAGCGGCGGCCUUUUUCAGUUAUGGUGGAUUUGAAGUUGGUUAUUGAGCGGUUUUUAGUUUUAAUGAUGUUGGCGUUAACUGGUGGGUUUUGAAGUACUAUGGAACUGGUUCUUACACGACAACAAGAUGACGCUUUACAUUGGUCGGGAAGCUUCAAAGUUAUGGAAGAGAAUUUGUGUAGAGACAACUACAGAGAUCAACCUUCUUAUAGACAAUUGGAAAUACCUUCUUGCUGGUCUCAUUUUUCAGUACAUUCAUGGUCUAGCUGCCCGAGGAGUUCAUUAUCUACACAGGCCAGGGCCAAUACUUCAGGAUAUUGGGUUCUUUCUUCUUCCAGAGCUUGGGCAAGAUAAAGCCUACAUUAGUGAGACAGUGUUCACCUUUAUCUUUUUAUCAUUUGUCUUGUGGACUUUCCAUCCUUUCAUCUUCAAGAGCAAAAAGAUCUACACAGUUCUAGUUUGGUGCAGGGUGCUAGCAUUUUUAGUUGCAUCUCAGAUUCUCCGAAUCGUCACAUUCUAUUCUACUCAGCUUCCUGGCCCAAAUUAUCAUUGCCGAGAGGGUUCUAAGCUUGCCACGUUGCCAAAACCGGAUAGCAUGCUAGAAGUCCUCUUAAUUAAUUUUCCUCGAGGUGUAAUAUAUGGUUGUGGUGACUUGAUUUUUUCAUCUCACAUGAUCUUCACCUUGGUUUUUGUGCUUACCUAUCAGAAAUAUGGCACACGAAGGUGUAUAAAGCAGUUUGCUUGGCUGGUAGCCGUUAUUCAAAGUCUCUUGAUUGUAGCAUCCCGCAAACAUUACACGGUUGACAUAGUCGUUGCAUGGUAUACUGUUAAUUUAGUGGUAUUCUUCAUAGAUAAGAAACUGCCAGAAUUGCCUGACAGAACCAGUGGAAGCUCACCUCUGUUGCUACCAUUGAGCUCCAAAGACAAGGAUAGUAAGACCAAAGAAGAAAAUCACAAGCUCAUGAAUGGGAAUUCUGUAGACCCUGCAGAUUGGAGGCCGAGAACUCAAGUUAAUGGCAAGAUUCUGGAAGAUGCCAAUGGAAUCCAUGUUGAUACUGCAAUGACUGGUGUAUAGAUGAUGGAGGCUGCUGCUAUCACUGUAUUGGGGCUGCUUUAAUCCUUAAGAACUUGGAUUAAAGCUUAACUCCUUCCAAGACUGGUAAAUUUGAUUUGUAUUCUUAAGAAAACAGAACUUGAGUGGUGCACUUGCAUACUGUGCAGUUCUCCAGUGUCUUGGUCAAAACCAUUAGCUAUCAUCAGCGUCAUGUAUCAUGGAACUUUCUAGGUUCCUGUCGCUGCUGCAGCUGUUGGAAUACUGUUUUUUUUUUUUUCUGGUCAACAAUGUCGAAUGGUGAAAAUAUAAUUGUUAUCUCUCAAUGCCGAAGGCCAUUGAGACAAACUACUUUAAAGUUUCAAGUGACUAUUAAAUCUUUUUAUUUCAUUUCAAGACAGGAUUGCAGGUGGGGACUUGAAUCUUAAUAGAACUAAAAACCCUAGUAAAAUCUGAAAAACUAUGAAAAGUGUGAUGAAAGAUCAUAGAAUUUAGAGUAGGGGAACAGUUGCUCCUUAAUGUUCAUAUAGUUGCGGUAGCUAGGCUUUAAAAGCUAUGAUUCCUGACAGGAUGCAGCACAUGACAUUCCAUCUCUGCACUGCUGCAUGAGCUGGUGAUGUAAGCCAAUGCGUAUUGUC